ACAUUGAAAUUGAAAAUUGAAACAUUUAAUCAAGCCAACUGUCACAGAAAAAGUUUUGCAAAUUAUGUCUUUCUCAAGAGUGAUCUUGCUAGCGUUUGCGGAGAAGGAGCGUCGCAAAGAUCAACUGAAAAUAGGAGACGCAUGCUUCGGGAUGUUCGUAAUCAGCUGUUGCUCCCUCAAAAAGAAUUCAUUGCACAGUUUCGAUUGAACAAAGAUGCGUUUUUGGAACUCUGCAGUGACGUUAUUCCUAAGCUGCGGGCUACGGAAAGGUCUCAUGCAAUUCGUAUUGAACUAAAACCAGCACUGUCCAGAUGCCUUGAGGAAUUCACCAAUGCCCUUAAUUUGCCAGAAAUAUUAAGAAAAUAUAUAAAAUUCCCAUCUCAUAAGGAUAAAAGAGAAUCAAUCUAUUAUGACCAAAUAUGUGAUGCACAGUUAAACAUAAUUUAUGUUGAUGCAUCUUAUGGUGGUGCCUCUCAUAAUAGUUUCAUCUGGGCUCAAAGCCCUAUAAAACUAUAUUUGGAGCUCAGGCUUCACUCUGAGGAAGAUAGAUGCUGGCUCUUAAGUGAUCCAGGCUUUCCUCAAAGGCCCUAUUUAAGGACGCCUAUAAUCAGAGUAUCAGAAGGAGCUGAAGAAUAUUACAACAAACUGCAGCAUAUACCCAUAAUGUGAUAGAGACCAUAUUCUCUUAGAACUUUUGGAGGACAAGUUUUAAUAUGGCACCAAAUUUAUCUUUGUUUUAUUUGA